AUGAUGGUAAAGUCUCUUCCAUUUGCUGGGACAUUCCUUGCAGCAUUCCUCCUACUUCCAAUUCUAGUGCUUGGAGCUGAAGUGAAUGUCCAAUGCGAUCCUCCCACAACAUCAAGAGAUCGUGUCUCUUUCAACUACGGCUGGAAAUUCAGGACGGGCCUCACCGACUGGGCUCCACCUUACGAACCAGCUCCUACCAAUGUCGAUCCUGGCCUGACUCCUCCCGAAUCCAAGAUUGAUUUUGAUGCUGCACAAAAUUGGAAGGCGGUCCAGUUGCCGCACGAUGGUCUCAUUGCCAAUGCUCCCAGUCGUGAGGCCUGUCCCAAUGGAUGUUCGGGACGAUCCUUCUUGCCAAGACAUGUCUUGUGGUACCGCAAGACCUUCGAUUUGCCCUGUGGUUGGACUGAUUCUGAUUCAUCCUAUAAAAUUUGGUUGGAGUUUGAAGGUUCCUUUCGCAAUACGACCGUCUGGAUCAAUGAAAAACCAGUAGUGAUUGGACAUGAAGCGGGAUACACUCCCUUUACCAUUGAACUGGAUCCCUUCUUGGCCAAGAACAAGAACCAUAAGAAUGCCGCUGCCGCUGCUCCUACUGAUGCUCCUCAAUUUACAGUGGCAGUCUUUGUGGAUCCCGACAAUGGUGACGAAGGAGGUCCUGGGCGUGGAUCUGGAUGGUGGUACGAAGGCGGUGGCCUCUACCGUCAUGUGUGGUUGCAUCGGGCCCCGAAGCAACAUCGGAUUGAUGACCUCUUUGUCUACACCAAUGACAUUCAAUUGGAAACUUCGGAAAAGGCACUCUGGGCUACUUUACAUGGAAACAUGACCUUGGUCUUGGAGGACAAUGAUGAUGACAACGUCAUGGACCAAGACAACCAAGUGUUAAAGCUCCAAGAAGACUAUUGCGUCGACAUUUCCAUUGCCAACAAUGAGGGAGUUCCACUGGACAAGUAUGAAGCAGAAGCUUCCGUACAACUACACUCGGAUGGACCGACCAAAAAAACGUCUUCUUCUUCUUCCUCCUACUCCUAUCAAUAUCAAGUCAAGCUAAUCUUUCCUCAACUCUGGACGACUGCUCGGCCUUAUUUGUAUCAUGUGCAAGUAUUUUUGCGGGAUUGUGGUACUGGAGCCGAAUUGGAUUCCGUCUCGACCUAUCACGGAAUUCGGACCAUUGCCUACACCGCUAAUCAAGGUUUCUACUUGAACAAUCAGGCAUUCAAGAUUCGUGGAUUCUGUGACCACAAUACCUUUGGAGUGGUUGGCAUGGCGGUACCCGAUCGUAUCAACCUCUUUCGAGCCCAAGCUUCUCGGAGUAUCGGUGGCAACGCCCGACGUACUUCUCACAACCCACCCGAUCCGACUCUGUUGGACUUGUACGAUCGAUUGGGCAUGGUGGUUUUGAAUGAGAAUCGGCUCUUUGCGAAUAAAACGAAAUAUGUCGAAAACAUGAAGGCACUCGUCAAGAGGGAUCGGAACCAUCCGAGUGUCAUUCUGUGGAGUUUCUGCAAUGAACUUGGCUGUCAAGGACAACACGAGGUGGCUGGUCCAGCCUUUCAGGAGGUGGUGGAUACCUAUGAUGGAACUCGGCCUACUUUGGCCAAUAUGAUGAAAUAUGGAGGCAUCUUAUCCGACACGGUCGAUGUCCAAGGAUUCUCUCAUAGGCCUCGGGAAACUUUGGACGACUGUCAUGCCAACCUGCCAGAGAAACCCAUUAUGCAGUCUGAAUGCUGCUCAUGCAAUACUAUGCGCGGAGAAGAUGCUGGAUGCGAAACGACCUAUGAUAAUCCGCAUUAUGCCUGUGAUCAAGGAGCUUUCAAUGCCCGCUGCUUGGAACAAACCGUCAAUGCUUCAGACGGGGUGGCAUAUGCGGCGGGAACCUUUGUCUGGACACUUUUUGACUAUUAUGGUGAACCCCCUUCGGCCGGAAAGACAGUGUCGAGUACCUAUGGCCAAUUCGAUUUGAUGGGAUUUGAAAAGCCAGCCGCAUUUUGGUUCCGCAGUCAAUGGCUUUUGAAUGUGACGGAUGGUCGUCCCGACAAGACUUUUGAAACCAUGGGCAAGUACGAAGUCAAGCUGGUGGAAUCGUGGGAGUCUCCCGACAGUUGGGACCGCACCAAGGGCAAUACGACGAGAACCAUUCAUGCCUACUCGAAUGCGCCAUUCAUCGAGUUGUUUGUCAACAAUGCUUCCCAAGGAAUACUGCCCGUUGCGACCAUGGUUCGAGGUGAAGGAUCGUAUGCGGAAUUCGAAGACGUGGAAUGGAAGGCUGGUUCUCUUGCAGCCGUUGCUCGGAUGGAAGAAGAUGGCGACGCUGUCGCUUCCACAGAAGUCAUGACUUGUGGCCCGCCAGUCGCUCUGAAACUGAGUAUCGAUUGCCCUUCGCCUCACACUGGAACAGGAAGCGCUCUCUUUUUGGAUGGCCAAGAUGCGGCACUGAUCCGGGCCUCCAUCGUCGAUGCAACUGGCCAGGUGGUACACAUGGCCAAUAGUCAAAAUGUUUCCUUCGCCAUUGUGAGCGGACCAGGAGAGAUCCAAGGAAGUGGAAGCGGCAAUCCAAAAUCAUACGAGGCCAACAAUGCUCCGUGGCACAUUGCAUACCAUGGAUUGGUCCGGGCGGUGGUCCGCGUGACAUCUGGUGCUGGUCUGUCGGAAUAUGAAAAGGCCAUGCUGCAAGCCAUUGAUGGUCCAUCGGGAUUGACCUUGGAUGGUACUGCUGAGGAUAUUGUAUUGGAGGCUAGUUCACCUGGGCUGGAAACGGUCCGCUUGACCAUUCCUACCAGCACUAGUCCAAAGGACUCGGUGUUACAAGUUGCCCAAGCUGGAGCUGGAAAGGCGGUAGACUUUUUUCGAUCCGAGGAGGAGGAGGAGUAUGGUAUUAUUGAGGACGAUGGCGGUGAGGUUGGAUUUGAAAUUGCUUAG